AUGAAAAAGUAUUUGAACAAUGUUGAUAAACCCAAAAAAGGAGGAAAGAAGGGAGAUAAGAAGAAAGGGGUUUCUGAAGGUCCAUCAACACAAGUUUCCACCCCCAACAAGCAAAAGACCCAAGGUGCAGCUACUUCCGCUCCAAAGAAGCAAAAGUUAAGAAAGAUGACUCUUCAUCCUAGCUCCUCUUCCACAAGCAAUUUUGAGUACGUUCUUAUAGGUUCCACUAUUAAAGAAUCGAGCAAAAGCGAAGACUCCCAAUCUGAGGAUUCGCUCUGUGGUAAUUCACCUCCACCAUCACCAAUCAAAGAGGUAAAUCUUAAUGAUAAGAUUCCAACUCCACCUCCUUCUCACACUCACACCUCCAUUGCCAUUAUUAUUGCACCUUCUCCACCUCCUGUAUCUACUCAACCCAUCCCAACUUUAUCUCAACCACCACUUGCUACUGUUAUUUCUCAAACAGUCACCACUGGCCCUCUACCCGUUUCAUCUCAACCACAACCAACUAUUCCCAUUUCCACCCCUAUCUUCAUUGAUUCAACCAUCGUUCCUACUAUCUCUAUCCAACCUUUUGUUUCUAUCAACAUAUAUGAUACGGAGGCUGAACCUUUAGGUUUUUUAACUCAUGUUUCACCUCCUAUUUCCUCUAUUAACCAUGAUGAUCCAGACAUGGUCUUUUGUGAUGACGAAGACAAAGAUAUUGAAGGUUUUAAUUAUAGUCCCUUCCAAAUUAGGACUGAGAAAGAUGAUGUUGAACACAUAACAACAGGGCAACUUCAAUCUCUACAUGAAAAGAUUGACCAAUUGCUUCAAUCUACUAAAGCCUCAUCUACUGACGAUUAUGCCAAAGCAGCUGUAGAGUCUCUUUUUGAGCGAAUCAUGAAACAACAUAAUGCUUCUGUUGACACCUCGAAUAAAGUCGUUGCUAAUUUUGCUGAGGUUUGCAUGUCUACGACCGAGAAAGUCGAUAAACUAAUUGAGAAGACCACUUCCUUCAUGGAAAACUUCCAAACCACCUAUAAUUCCAACACUACAUCCGCUAAUGAAGCAUUGAAGAUUUUGGGAUCUCUCUUCAAGACUGAAAAGACAAAACUCCAAGAGCUUCGCUCUCUUAAGGAUUCUCUCGCUCUUAAAACCGAUGAAGCCAAGGUGUUAAGCACCAAACUUGAAGCUUUGGAGAAACAGGUCAAUGAUCAGUUAUCUAAGAGGGCAUUCAUGCGAAGUUGUAUCUCUGAUGUUACUUGCAUGCUCUCAGAUAUCAUUGAGACUAGGGACUCAAUGAUCACCAUCACUAUGCAUAAGCAUCUGCAAGAGAAUUUAAGGCCUAUCUUUUCCAUGCUUCAUCGCCUUGAAGGUGUUUCUGAUCAAGCCAUUAAUCUGAACCAAGUGGGAGAAAGCAUGACUGGUGGUGGAUCAUGA